AUGUCUCCGCAUUCUGACCGCGCCACAGAAUCUAUGAGGAUGAACUACACUCCGCAAUCGAAGCUCGCUCAGAGUCUCUACAAACGCUCCGCGAACUUGGCCCGCCAGACCUCGUCCCACCUCAUAAAACCAGCCCCUGUCAAAGUCCACGAACGAAAGCCAGAAUCGAGCCCCUACAUCAAUACUUUGGACAUAUUCUCAGCACGACAAACAACACAAGAGUUGUGUCGGGAAUUUACUGUUGCCUAUAAUGCCCUUUUCGCGAGCUGGACAUGCGUGUUCAAGUCUGAGAUUCCAGGUACUGUCGAGAGCUACUGCAUAGACGAGCGGGGUGACAAGCGUGUUGCGACAGAAGAGCUGUGGCUGGAAACCUACCUCUGCAGUGUCCUCCGCGCGUACUCUUACGCCGACGACGGUUCAGGCGACACAAUCAAGAAAAUCGUGGGCGUCCGAAGAUUCAAUCCCAUCACGAGCACAGAGAGCGAGCACAAGUUCUUAGACGCGGCAGAGCGCUUAUUCUUCAGCGGCUGGCAACUUGGCUCUGAUCCUGAGAUUCAGGUUCCAAAUCUCGUUUCUAACCACUUGACGACCGGGCUGCUGAGCUAUAUUCAAACUACGGGGCGGUACGCAUCGGGAAUCAAUCUCUUCGAAAAGCUACGGACUCGCGACCCAGAAAUCUCGUCCCUCCUCGCACGCGUCUACAUUGAAGCAGAUGAAGAGGUCAAGGCAGUGCAGCUGCUCCAUGAGGCGAUCCAGGACCUGCCUAUGGACUAUUCGUUGCUCGACUGCCAGGCCGAAUUCUGCAACAAGAAGAACCGCGGCGACCUUGCUCUGGAAAUUGCUAAGAGAAGCGUAGUAUCCGCGCCCAGUGAGUUUGGCACUUGGGCACGUCUGGCAGAGAUCUACGUCAGCUUGGAGCAAUGGGACCUUGCGCUGUUGACUCUCAACUCGUGUCCCAUGUUCACAUACCAGGACAAGGAUGCGCCACGAAUGCCCGAGCCGCAAAAGGUCUUCCUACCCAUCAUGCCAGAAGCCAUGUGCGAUGAGAUUGAGGACAGCAAUUUGGACGAUAUGGAGCUUGUACACCCGACGCUAAGGAAGCUACAUGCGGCCGGCUUCAAGGGCACUUUCCUCAAGGCCUAUGUCCUGCUUACGGAGAUUACGAAGAAGAUUGGAUGGGAUCAGCUGCUAAAGAUACGGUCUCAGGUGUUCGUGAUGGAAGAGGAAUAUCGACAUGAGAAGACUGGUCAGCAACCACAUUCCCGCAGCGCUAGCACCACCGCACUUCACUCACCAUCUCCAGGCGCCGGCGCACAACCAAACGGCACAAGCCACGGCGAAGCCGAAGAGCGCCCCUCAACCGAACAGCCAUCCACCGACGGCGAGUCUUCGACCCCCACAACAGUAGCAGCUGCAGAGGAAUCGAUAGAAAAGCCCUCGCACACCGUCGCCGCCGAAGUCGUCAAAGCCGGCUCCGAAGAUCCCCACCCACUUCCUUCUACCUCGAAUACCACCGACCCCUCCCAACCAAAUUACACGCACUUCCAAAAUAAGCGCCUGUGUGAGCGCUGGCUCGACAAUCUGUUCAUGGUACUAUACGAGGACCUGCGCGUCUACACCAUCUGGCGCACCGAAAUGGCGCAGUACAGGCAGCAGCAGUUGCUCUACAAGAAGUCGGCUGAGGAGUGGGAAAUCCUCGGUGAACUUGCAGAGCGCUUGCAUCACGAGGACGACGCGCUUGAGGCCUAUGAGAGCUGUUUGCAGAUAAGAUUUAGUCCGAAGGCUAUGAAGGGCGUGCUCAAGUAUGGGUUUGUGGGUGAGGACAGGGGCAAGACAAGGGAUGCGUGUGCUGCGCUGAUAAGGCUGGUGACGUGGCAGUAUCGAUGGUAUUCUGAAUUCUCACCUUCACUGCUCUACACCAUUCGCAAACUCAUCGAAGAGGAAGGCGCGGUCAAGAUCCGCAGCAUCAUCCAGGGUACCAGCUUACCACAGCACGUUCUCGACUUGACGCACCAGUAUGCGGCGUUAUGUGCGGCUUUCAGGAGCAGCGGAAGUGAUGGUUAG